CGCCCCCGCCCGGGUCGGGGCCAGGACGCUGCCCGGCGCGGAGUGGCUGCCCUGCGCGGGGACACUCAGAGCCCGGUGGGCAGGAGGAAGGCGGCAUGCCCCAGACGGUGAUCCUCCCGGGCCCUGCGCCCUGGGGCUUCAGGCUCUCAGGGGGCAUAGACUUCAACCAGCCUUUGGUCAUCACCAGGAUUACACCAGGAAGCAAGGCGGCAGCUGCCAACCUGUGUCCUGGAGAUGUCAUCCUGGCUAUUGACGGCUUUGGGACAGAGUCCAUGACUCAUGCUGAUGCGCAGGACAGGAUUAAAGCAGCAGCUCACCAGCUGUGUCUCAAAAUUGACAGGGGAGAAACUCACUUAUGGUCUCCACAAGUAUCUGAAGAUGGAAAAGCCCAUCCUUUCAAAAUCAACUUAGAAUCAGAACCACAGGACGGGAACUACUUUGAACACAAGCACAAUAUUCGGCCCAAACCUUUCGUGAUCCCGGGCCGAAGCAGUGGAUGCAGCACUCCCUCCGGGAUUGACUGUGGCAGUGGACGCAGCACCCCUUCUUCUGUCAGUACUGUUAGUACCAUUUGCCCAGGUGACUUGAAAGUUGCGGCUAAGCUGGCCCCUAACAUUCCUUUGGAAAUGGAACUUCCUGGUGUGAAGAUUGUACAUGCUCAGUUUAAUACACCUAUGCAAUUGUACUCAGAUGACAAUAUUAUGGAAACACUCCAGGGUCAGGUUUCAACAGCCCUAGGGGAAACACCUUUGAUGAGCGAGCCCACAGCCUCGGUGCCCCCUGAGUCGGACGUGUACCGGAUGCUCCACGACAAUCGGAAUGAGCCCACACAGCCUCGCCAGUCGGGCUCCUUCAGAGUGCUCCAGGGAAUGGUGGACGAUGGCUCUGAUGACCGUCCGGCUGGAACGCGGAGUGUGAGAGCUCCGGUGACGAAAGUCCAUGGCGGUUCAGGCGGGGCACAGAGGAUGCCGCUCUGUGACAAAUGUGGGAGUGGCAUAGUCGGUGCUGUGGUGAAGGCGCGGGAUAAGUACCGGCACCCUGAGUGCUUCGUGUGUGCCGACUGCAACCUCAACCUCAAGCAAAAGGGCUACUUCUUCAUAGAAGGGGAGCUGUACUGCGAAACCCACGCAAGAGCCCGCACAAAGCCCCCAGAGGGCUAUGACACGGUCACUCUGUAUCCCAAAGCUUAAGUCUCUGCAGGCGCGGCACGCACGCACGCACCCACGCGCACUUACACGAGAAGACAUUCAUGGCUUUGGGCAGAAGGAUUGUGCAGAUUGUCAACUCCAAAUCUAAAGUCAAGGCUUUAGACCUUUAUCCUAUUGUUUAUUGAGGAAAAGGAAUGGGAGGCAAAUGCCUGCUAUGUGAAAAAAACAUACACUUAGCUAUGUUUUGCAACUCUUUUUGGGGCUAGCAAUAAUGAUAUUUAAAGCAAUAAUUUUUUGUAUGUCAUACUCCACAAUUUACAUGUAUAUUACAGCCAUCAAACACAAACAUCAAGAUAUUUGAAGGAGUCUAAUUGUCUUUCCUUGACAAGUUGAUUUUGCAAUUGUGGUAAAUACCAAAUAACAAUCUUGUAUUCUAACAUAAUCUGCAGUUGUCUGUACGUGUUUUAACUAUUACAGUGCAUGUUAGGGAGAAAUUCCCUGAAUUUCUUUAGUUUUGUAUUCAAACAAUUAUGCCACUGGAUGCAACAAACAUAAUAAAUACAUAAAAGAUUUAAAAAAUA